AUGUUUCCUUUACCGGAUACCAAGAAACAGGUUUCAUGUCAGACAUGGGGAUAUCGCUGGCGCUCGUCCGAUACAUUUAUUCUCAGCAGCAUGGCUAUGGCAUUGUUCACAGACGAAAUGCUCUUCGCCUUCAUGGUUCCACUGCUCCCUUACAUCUUCGAGAACCGCCUAGGGCUAAACACAUCCCUCACCCAGCGAUUGACCUCCAUGUUUCUAGUUGAAGGCGCAUUGAUAUCUAUCAUCUCGAGUCCAUUUGUCGGGAAUAUAGCCGACCGAGCUAGCUCCAAGAAGAUUCUACUAAUGGUGUUGCUGGUACUGACGUUGAUCAGCGUAUUAUGUCUAUCGAUCACUACAUCCCUGACCUGGCUCUUCAUCGGCCGCUUCUUCCAAUGCAUCGUCAGCAACGCAUUAUUUAUCGUCGGCAUGGCCACAAUGGCCGAGAACAUCGGGUCAGAACACAUGGGCAAGAUAGCAGGCUUAAGCUCGACCUUAACAGCAGCCGGGACAUGCUCCGGCCCUGUCAUUUCUGGGUUUCUCUUUGGAAUUGGAGGAUACUGGACGGCAUGGGCUGGCGCGGCUCUGUUUCUCGUCAUGGAUAUCAUUAUGCGUCUGCUCAUGACUGAAAAACCACAGAAACGUCGCAAUAUCGCUUCUCAGACUCGCAAUGGAUCUCUAUGUGCUGAAGAACAUAUACACUCGGCUGAAACAGAACCACUUCUCAAUGGAGAUCGGUCAUCGACUACCGAGGAAAUUGGCGGUUGGCGCUUCUAUACCUGCCUUUUCCGGCAGCCUCGCUUUACGGCGGGAAUUGUCUGCUAUUUUGUCUUUGCGCUGUUUAUUGCCAGUUUCGAGUCUACUAUUGCGAUGCAUGUCCGGUAUGCGUUUGAUUGGGGCGUUUUCCCGGUCGGGCUUUUGUUCGCGUCUAUCCAGGGACCGGGGAUGAUACUGGCUCCUCUUGUUGGGUUAUUGAAAGACCACGUGGGAUCGAGGGUUCCCACUACCAUUGGGUUUCUCUUCGUUGCGCCUUUUCUGUGGAGGGGGGUCAUUUAUGGCGUCUGUACGACUAUGAUUGGGUGUUUUAUGUGCUUGCUCAUGGGGGUUGGGACGAUGGAAGCAACCGCAACCGUUGAUGAGUUGGAGGACUUGCAUCCUGGUAUAUUUGGUCCCUAUGGGGGGUAUUCUCGAGCUGUUGCAGUCACAAAUAUGAGCUGGAUGUCUGGUCUACUGGUCGGACCCAUCUUGGCUGGGUUUAUGGUCGAAAGAUUUGGGUAUCUUGAGCUGCAGUGUGUACUCGUGGUUAUUUCCUUGCUGGCUAGCGUCAACGCUGCCUUUAACCUCGGUCCAACCAGUCGUCAAAAGGAAGAGUGUGAUAGUGACUUUGGGACUGAUGAACCUUAA